AUUAUUUUAGCGCAUGAGUAGUUUUGCAAUUUUGUCGAAAAUUGAAAACGUUUCUUUAAUCUUACAAAGCGUAAACAAAUAUGGUAGUAAUCUUAUUCAUGGACAUUGUUUUGUUUAACAACAACUUAUUUCACCUUCAAAAUCACGUUUAAUCGAAAAACAAUUAAAAACGGAGACAAAUAAAUAAUUGUUUUCAGAAAGUCUUUUAAUAGAAACUAUUUGAUAAAGAACUAGACAUUAUUUACAGUUUCAAAAAUUUAUACUUUCUAAAUUAAAAGCAAACUUAUAAAUAUCACCAACAGACAAAAAAGUUAAAGUACAAAGCAGAUAUAGACAACAGAGUACAAAACAGAUAUAGAUAACAGAGUACAAAACAGAUAUAAAUAACAGAGUACAAAACAGAUAUAAAUAAUAGAGUACAAAACAGAUAUAGAUAACAGAGUACAAAACAGAUAUAGAUAACAGAGUACAAAACAGAUAUACAGCAAUAAAGACAAUUAUAAUCAAAACCGAGUAUGGGUUUAGAUAACUAUGCAUGCGAAGAAGAUCAUAGAUUAAAACCUUGGGAUAAAACAUUGCCGGUUUUUAAUUCGAUGAAAGUUGGUUCCGAAAAUGAUAUUAGAAAAAGCGAUGAUGUGCAAGAAUCAUCUCUUGAUCACAACAGUAUAUGUUUUGUAACAAAACCAUACGUAGAAAACCCAUAUUGUGUUUUGCCAGAAAAAGGUAAAAACUAUAAUGAACGUGCUCCAUCACAAUUUACCAUUGAAAGCAGAUUUCAAAAUAAUUCAAGAACUUUAUUAUAUAAGAAAACAAACUCAAUGUAUGAAACCACAGAAGUUGAACCAAAAAUAAAGCAUCGCAGAAAACAUAUUAAAGGAUAUUUCUCUGGGAUUGAAGACAACUCGAAAUGCAGCUAUUUAGUUUUUUCUGUCCUUGUUGCAAUCAUAGCUAUAACUUCUGCAGUAAUGGUGUUCAUGAUUCUUUUCGGUGUUAUCAGUGUUCAGAAAUGUAAAGAAUGCAAAUUGUUGGAUUUAAAAAGUGAAAAACAAACUCAAAUUAAUGCAAAUGACGAUGUUAAAUCAAAACUAAAGCAAUUAUCAGAGGAUUUCAAUACAACUAAUGUGAAAACUGAUGAUCUUUAUGCAAAGAUUGUUAAAGAUGAAAUUCGGAUAGAUAAUCUGACAAGACAGUUAAAUGAGCAAAUCAAGUUGUUGCAGUUGCUAAUAAAGAAAAAUGAUGAAAUAGCAAACUUAACACGUGAUGAAAUUAAAAAUUUUACAGAAAAAUUAGAAAUCGAUACAAAAACAGUUUUUGAAAGUCGAAUAAAUUUUAUUGAUGUUUCAUUGAAUAAAGUAUCUAUUAAUAUUUCAUCCAUAAACGAUGAUGUUUAUUGGUUGAAAAAUCAACUGCAUCAAACUAAUAGAUCAAUAUCAAAUCUUACUUUGAGAGAAGGGAUUCAAGGACCACGUGGAUAUAAUGGCUCAGAGGGUCGUCAGGGAAAAUCAGCUAACUUUACAAGUUGCCGCUACGACAAAAAAGAUUCUACUGGAACUGGAAAACAAGUAAAUGCUGAAAUUAAAAAGGACCAAAUUGCUGGCAAAGCUAUUAUCACAGCUUUCUGUACAAUUAGUUCAACGGGCCGGACUGAGUUUGAAAUUAAUGAAAAUCUCCUUAUAUGCAAAUGUAUAUUUGAUUCAGCUGCACAGGGUAACAAGUGUUAUAUUCAUUACUGGCAUUGUUAAUGAAAAAAAAAACAUUUUAGUAUAUUUUUAACGUUUAACUUUAUUUAUAAUUGUACUUUACAGUGUGUACCUCGUGUAUACUAAAUACCUAACGAUUAUAACUAAUGUGUAUAUACUGACGCCUAAUUUUUUUCAUAUAUAAUAUAUUGAUUUUAUAAGCUAUUAUCUUUUUAUAGUACCUUUUUACAUGUUUUCUAAUCUCGGGUUACGCGUAGAGUGUUUAACGUAACACGCAACACGUGACACGUUUGUAAAUAUUAAUAAUUUGUUAUAAAAAUUAAAACCAUUUUUCAUUGCAAAAUCAACGUAUACAUACAUCAAUGCAUACGCUUAAUUCUGACGCCUAGGAUUAUUCGGCAAUCUGAUUGACUAUUUAAUGGUUUUAUUACAUUGUUUUUUAAUACGUGUUUUAAUUUGUUACUUAUAAAAAUUAUUGAUUCAAUCAUUAUUAUAUUUUAGCAUAAGUUUUGUAAAUUAA